AUGUUACUGGAGCCUUCGCUCGGUGAGCUGCCACCGGAGCUCGACCUUCUCGUCCAACUCGCUACCGACGACAGCCGCCCGACGGUGAUCCUGGACUCGUCCAAAUCGCGUCCGACCUGUAUCUUCAAGAAUCUCGCUUUCGAACACGCCCUCGCUCAUGCCCCCUCGAGUGCGCUAGAAGAUUGGUUCUCUACCGAGUUGAGCACUCCGUGCACGACAACGGCUACGCCGGCCACAGGCUUCGCAAACAGAGAAUGGACCAAGAAAAAGCUCGGAGAGUCAUACGUCGUCAUAUACUAUCAGGUGCCUAUCACUCCUUGGAUACGCUAUCUGUUGGACUACGACUGGAGCAGAACCGCCAUAGGGACCCUCUGUGGUCCACACAUAUACCAAUGGCCGACACAGCUACGUGGGAUACUACUUAGCUUUAUGCACUGUCCGCGGCCAAGGAUUGUCUACUGGGGCCCAGAUCUGAUCCAAUUCUACAAUGAGUCCGCUGCAAAGCUGUUUGGUUCUGGACAUCCUGCCUCAUUGGGCAACAAGCAGGUCGAUACCUGGGGUCAGGGCAUGAAGGACUAUACAACAGAGCUAAUCCGAACCAGUUGGGAGGAAGGUCAAUCUGUUCACAACAAGGAAAAAAUGAUGUUGCUUGAGCGAGAUGGCUUUCCUGAAGAGUCGUAUUUCGAUUGGUUCUUGCUUCCCUUCACUGGUUCCGACGGUCGCUGGAUUUGCUCUGUGAAUUGCUUCAACGAAGUGACGUCUGAAGUCAUUCGAAGGAACAGAGAGGAUGUCUCCUUCAAGCUCCUCGAAAAGACUACGCACGCUACAGACCUUUCUAGCCUCUGGCUCGAAUAUUCAGGUAUUCUGGAUGAAGAGGCUGACGAUGUAGCUUAUACACUUCUGUAUAAAGUGCAGGAGGAGGCGGCUGAGUUCAAUGGGAAGAAGCAGUACAAAAUAUACGCUUCUUCCGGUCUAAACUCACACGCCGCCUUGGAGAAUCCAUCUAGCGAGUUGAUCGAGAUAUUUGAGCAGGCAGANAGGGGUGAAAACGUCAUCGCAUUGACAGGCGACAAGUUUUUGCCAGAGCUCGGCAUUGCCUUGUCUGAAUAUGGCACAGUCACCUCGGCCUUCGUUUUUACCAUAUUCGACACUAAAGGCUCAGCUCAAGGCUCAGUCGUCGUAGGCGCAAACCCUCGGAGGCGAGCUGACGANAAAAUGAAGAGGUUCAUAUACUCGCUAAGCGAGAUGCUCCUCAAAGCGGUCAUUAUACUGCAAUCUCCAUCUGACCAACGCAAAUUGCUGCGGGCAGAUGAUAGUCUCGGAUAUCGCGUCCAAUUGGAGAAGCUUACCAGACAGCUGAGUAUCGCCACUCUGAAGAAUGAGAAGAACCAGGAGACAUUCAGCCGCAUGGCAGAAGAUGCCCCGAUUGGCAUGUUCUUGUACGCAGGUGACGGUACACCGAUCUACAUGAAUGAUUCGUUCCUUGAACUCCUCGGUGAGACAAGAGAGGGCUUCACAUUGAAGGCUAAGACGGGAUAUGCUUGGCGCGACUGUAUCCAUCCUGAUGACGAAGAGUUCAGUAAAGAAGCCUGGAGGGCCGCUGCAGAGUCUUACGGAGUCCAGGUGUUCCAGUUUCGUGUCAGGGCAGGCACCGAGUCGUCACCCACUCGCGCACGCUGGCUUGAAGUCGUGUGCUUCCCACAGCGUGAUGAGAAUGAAGCUCUUACAACCGAGAGAAUGAAUGCAGCGAUCGAUACGAAGAGAAAGGCGCAGAACUUUAUAGACAUGAUAUCGCUCACANNGGUGAUCAUCGAUGAGGUUCUUGAUUUCUCUAAGUUGGACUCAAAUCUUUUGGUACUGGCUCCGGAAAGAACAAGACCUCGAGAGGUGAUCGAGAAAGCUCUCAAGAUGUUCGAGGCCGAACUAAAGAAGGCUGACAUCAAAACCGAAGUUGAAGAGUUCCCGAGUGAGUGCAUUGUAGCAGAUGUUGUGUGUGACCCUAGCAGGUUGUUGCAGAUCAUCAUCAAUCUCAUCACAAAUGCCCUGAAAUUCACCCGAAACUCUGAUACCCGUCGCAUCACUCUGGCGUAUGGAUGCUUUUCGGCACCACCCUCAGCACAGGAUUGCGGAGUUCAGUUUAUCAAACCGCGCAAAAAGGACUUCGAUGAAACCGAGACUGUCUCAGCAAUGCUUGCCGCUGAGGACUCGGAAGACGGCGCUGAUGAUGUUUACCUGAUGUUUAGCGUCACAGACACCGGUUGUGGCCUUACACUAGAAGAGUCGCAACUCCUGUUCCAAAGGUUUGCACAAGCUCCCAAAACGUACAAGCAGUAUGGUGGGUCUGGAUUGGGCCUGUUCAUAAGUCGCGAGCUCGUAGAGCUACAAAAGGGCCAAAUCGGUCUGCACAGCGAACCUUCAGUGGGUAGCCGAUUUGCUUUUUACAUUCAAGCCAAGCGUGCCGUGCGAUUGAGUCGUUCUGGUUCUGUUGCAUCUGUCGAGUCCACGAUCAGUGUUAAGAACCUGCCACGCUCUGUGGGUGGAACAUUUGACACAGUCAAAGUUCUUGAAAAGAUCGAUACAGUACCGCAACCAAAGACUCUAGUGAAGGACAUGCAUGUUCUGCGCUGUCAAGUCAAUGUAGCUGAGAACGGUCUCGAAGCCCUCAACUACCUAUCCAAAACCACAUAUCUUUCGAGUACAAAGAAGGCCACGCCACUGAGUAUGAUCUUGCUCGAUGUCGAGAUGCCUAUCAUGGAUGGUCUGACCUGUAUACGUCGCAUCCGCGCGCUCGAACAAUCUGGAGAGAUAUCUGGCCAUGUUCCUGUAAUCGCAAUCACGGCGAAUGCUCGCAACGAACAGAUCGCUGCUGCGAUUGAAGCUGGAAUGGACUCGGUGGUCACCAAGCCAUUCACUAUAAAGGAUCUCGUGCCGCAGAUGGAGGCCUUGGUCGACACGUGGUGCAAGGCUGACAGGAUUUAUGCAUGCAUGCACGCCCACAGCCCGCAUGAAGUCCAAUCAGCCUGGACUUCGACGCUUCGCAAGGAUUUGCACGAAACCGUGGCGUCCACGUACAUCAAGUGGCAGAUUUUUUUACCACAACGAGUGCAGUUGAAUCUCUGGUACAAAGGGGGCAACGUGUCGGUGAACAAUGGGUACAUCAUCACAGAAUACCUGCGCUACAACACUAUCAUCCCAGGCAUUCCAACGGAUCUCAAUGGUCCAAGCUAUGCUGGAGCAUAUGAUGCAACCAUUGUGGAAUCCAUAGUCUCCACUGGCAACUUUACCACGAUAGCAUUCCCUACACCCAGCAUGAAUUUUGCAGACUUUUUCGUGUUCGCCGGUUACAAAAACAGUGCUGGAGUAUGCAUUGGUACUAAUGUGAACGAUCCGCGUACGACAUAUGAUGUCUCCUCUGUGGCUCAAUCUUGGUUCUCAACCGCUGCCAUAUUUCCCUUCAUACCUAACAGCCAAAUCUUCUACGACGGCACCGACUACACAAGCUUCUAUGUCGGCUAUGACAGUCAGGUCUCGUCUCAGACGAGCACCUGGAACCAGAGGGUUGUCACGACUGAGAUAGGCGAUGGAAUGUUGGCCUGGCUGGCGAAGCAAUCCACCGUCAUAUCCUUGGUCCCACAUAUCAUGAGCUGCUCACGUGCGUCUGCUGCUGGUGCUCCUCAGCUGCACAUCCAAGUUUCGUUCUUGACGUCUUCAUCUGCGGUUACCAGCACGACAAAUGCGAUUUACUUCAACACGGCAGCCACGACGACGUCGGCUGUACCUGCCAGCAAGACACCACCUGUUAUUACCAAUACGAAACCGCCAACUGUCAACAUUCCAUCUCCCACCACAGCAGAGGUAUCUGUCGGCAAGCCCUCGAACGAGCCUACACAGCCUGCUGAGAGUCAGAAUGGGGGCGCACCUUCGGUCGUGCCUUCCGAUAAUCCUGACAAUCCACCUACUCAACCUACCACGGUUCAAGGAGGAGGCGAAACGUCUGGCCAGCCAGCACCGUCCACUAAAGCAGAAGCUCCUUCCGACAAGCCACCUCAAGAGCCUGCUCUACCUACUGUCACUCAGAAUGCAGGUGCGCCGUCAGUGGCUCCUUCCAAGAAGCUCAGCCAAAUAGCUAGUCAGGGACCAGAUUCGUUCUCAGUGGCACCUUCCGAUAACCCUGAAAUUCAGCCUGCACCAACGACAAUCGGUCAAGAGGCAGGUGUAACGUCGGUGGCGCCUUCCCAGGGCAAUACGAAUCCAGGCACAAAAGUUGUUCAGUCGAGCGAGCCAGUUGUCGUCGUCAUUGGUGGUGUUACCGCCACGGCGCUUUCUCCAACUGCCAUCCCUGACCAAGGAAUAGCCCCUAAUACUGGAGGACAUGCAGUAGAGGUCCCCGAAAGUACUCACUCACCACAGAUAUCCGACAACACAGUUGCGGCAUCUUCUCAAGCGAUCUCACUCGUGGCACCGGCACCAGUUUUGAUUGGCGAUGCUACUGCUACCCCAAUCGCAUCGAGUGCUCUUGUCAUCGGAGACCAGACGAUUGUUCCGGGAGGACCUGCUGUCGUCGUGUCGAGCACGACUUACCUGAUACCGGCUUCUCGGAGCCAUAUCAUCGCCAAUGGACAGACGUUCGAGAUCUCUACUGUUGCUCUACCUACUGUACCUGCCGCGCCAGUCGUUGGCAAUUCGGCUGGGCCCAUCUCAUCCGGCGCGUAUGCCAUGGGAGGCCAAACACUUAAUCCUGGUGGCCCUGCCAUCGAAAUCGCUGGAACUACAUACUCUAUGCAAGAGUCGGGCGAUGUCCUUGUCAAUGGCAAUGCAGUAUCCAUUUCGGCAGUAGCGCCUCAAACAUUGCUACCACCUGUACUUAUUGGUUCGAUCACGGCCACACCUGUAGCUUCCGACAAAUACGUGAUAGCAGAUCAAACUAUCAAUCGUGGAGGACCUGCUGUACUAGUCUCCGGAACUACGUAUUCUCUACCACCAUCCGUUAGCAAUGCCAUUGUCAAUGGAGAAGUGGCGCCCAUGUCUACCAUUCAGACUUCGGUGCAACCGCCGGCCACUGUAGUCAUAGGUGAUGUUACGGCAAAGCCAGAUUCUGGCAUCAUCGUUGCGUCGCAGACGUUGUACCCUGGUGGUCCAGCCAUCAUCGUUCAAGGCGAGACUCUCAGCAUCCCUACAGAUGGAACUGCAAUGGUGAUCCGGUCAGGAACGAGCACGACCACAGAAGGGAUCGGUGGUUAUGUAUGGCAGGGUAUUGCUUCUUCGACUUCGACCUCGACCUCGGAUUCUGCAGUGUUGUCGAGGUCGUCAACUCGUGCUGGCGUUGCGUCGACGGAGGCAGCAGUUUCAACCGGGACCGAGGGCGCGUCGUCAGCUCAGACUACCACCUCUGAUGCAAGUGGUAAGCAGCCUGCAUUGAGUUUGAAGCCCGCUACAAUGGCUUUGGUGAUUUGUAUGUUUGCAGUUGUCCUCUUGUAA